GAAGACAUAAUUGUGCUGUAAGAGUUGUUGAGCAUUCAUUUAUAAAAACAGAUGAAUUUCAUGAAUUAGACAUUACACCAUCAAUGGAAGGCCACAAAAUACCUUUCUUAUUUUCCUCUUUAUUUUCCAUCUUAAUAAUCUCCAACGCAGUAGACAUCAUAACCAAAACCCAAUCUGUUACAGGCAACAAUACCAUUGUUUCAUCUGGUGGAAGCUUUGAGAUGGGUUUUUUCAGCCCGGGCAAUUCCCGGAAUACAUACUUGGGAAUAUGGUACAAGAAAAUAUCUGUCCAGACUGUUGUAUGGGUUGCCAACAGAGAAAUCCCACUCGUCAAUUCGUCAGGCGUCUUAACGAUAAUCGACCCUGGAAUUCUUGCCCUUGUCGAUGGUACCGGCAGUGUCAUUUGGUCUCCCAAUGUUACAGGACCGGUUGCACAACUUAUGGAGUCAGGAAAUCUUGUGGUGAAAGAUGCCAAUAAUAAUAUUUUGUGGCAAAGUUUUGAUUAUCCAUGCGAUACUCUUUUACCAGGCAUGAAGCACGGAAAGAACUUUGUAACCGGAAUAGAUCGCAUGCUCUCGUCCUGGAAGAGCAGCGAUGAUCCAGCUCGAGGUAAGUAUACAUACCGGUGUGAUCCUCAAGGAUACCCACAAAUUAUUACGAGCUGUGGUUCUGUUGAGGUGUUCCGAACUGGACCAUGGAAUGGUCUCGGAUUCAGUUAUCUAAACCUUAAACUAAAUUCCAUCUACACAUAUGAAUUGGUUUACACUAAGGAGGAGGUGUAUUUUCAUUAUCAACUCGUCAGCUCAGUUGUUUCAAGGCUUACUCUGAAUCAGAAUGGCGUUGCACAGCGCUGGAUAUGGGUUGAUCGAACCCAGGAAUGGGUCAUUUACCGGUCUGCGCCAACAGAUGCUUGUGAUACCUAUAAACUGUGUGGCCCGAAUGGUAACUGUAACAUUGGAAACUCGCCGGUAUGUGAUUGUUUGAGUAAAUUUGUGCCCCAGAACCAAACAGAAUGGAUAAGUGGAGAUUGGUCUAAUGGGUGUGUUCGGAGGACAAUGUUAGAUUGCCAUAAUGGAGAUGGCUUUCUCAAGUAUUCGCACUAUAAAAUGCCGGACACACGGUACUCCUGGUUUGACAAGAGCAUGACCUUAAGGGAAUGUGAGAUGCGGUGCUUGAAAAACUGCUCAUGCAUGGCUUACACAAGUUUAGACAUAAGCGGAGGUGGAAGUGGCUGCUUGCUUUGGUUUGAUGAGUUGAUUGAUAUGAGACAGUACAGUGAUAAAGGGCAAGACAUUUACAUAAGGAUGGCUUCCUCUGAAUUAGUCCAACGAGUUGGCUUCAAUGGAAAGAAAAUAGAGAUAGUGGCAGUGAGCUUGGCAUUAUUAAUUGGACUUCUUCUGCUGGGUGUGAGCUUAACCUGUUAUCUCCGGAAAAAGAAAAGGAAGAAUUCACAGCUGAACAGAGAAGGAAAUCUGAUGCAAAACUCUAAACAAGGUUACACUGACAAAAGCCAGAAUGAUGAUCUGGAGUUACCAUUGUUUGACUUAACAGUAAUAGCUAAUUCCACAAAUAACUUUUCAAUCAACAAUAAGCUUGGAGAGGGUGGAUUCGGGCCUGUUUACAAGGGUAUGCUAGAAGGGGGACAAGAAAUAGCCGUGAAGCGGCUCUCAAAGAAUUCUAGCCAAGGGCUUGAUGAGUUUAAGAAUGAAGUUAUCUGUAUUGCCAAACUUCAACACCGAAAUCUUGUGAAACUUCUAGGAUGCUGCAUUCAAGGAGAAGAAAAGAUGUUGAUCUACGAAUACAUGCCCAACAAAAGCCUGGACUACUUCAUUUUUGAUCAAACCCAAAGCGGAUUACUGGAUUGGCCAAAGAGGUUCCACAUUAUUAAUGGGAUUGCACGAGGGCUUCUUUAUCUUCAUCAAGAUUCCAGACUGAGAAUUAUUCACAGAGAUCUCAAAGCUAGCAAUAUUUUGCUAGAUGUUGACAUGAACCCAAAAAUAUCAGACUUUGGAAUGGCUAGAAGUUUUCGAGGAAAUGAGACAGAAGCAAAUACAAACAAAGUGGUCGGAACAUAG